AUGAACCUUGUUCGCAAAUCUUCAAAGUCUGUUUGUAGCGAUGGAUCGGGAAAAAACGGAUUGUUGCCAGCUACUCGUGUGUCAUCAAACGGCAACGCCGAGAAACCUCAUGUGGUACCCGCCGAAUUCACUGCUCGCAUGUUCCCCGAUGUGCCACACGAGAACGUGAAUGUCGAAAUGAUAGUGCCAAACUGGGAUCAGGGUGAACUUGGCGACUACUUGGAAAUCGGGAACUAUAAAGAGAUUUUGUUCUUGAACGGAGACGCUAAUUUUGCCAUUUCAAAGUUAAUCGUCGGGGAUCGGAUAGUCGCACUGAAUGACAAGAAGGGAUUGGCGGUCGUAGAGAUGUUGAAGAUAUUACAUCAAGAUGGAAAGGUGAGUGUGACAGUUUUUCGGCGUCAUGGCUUCUCGCCAGUGCCCGCAGCUCGAAUGGAGGCUCUUCGACUUAAUCCCUCAUUUGGAUUCACAUAUGCUCUUCUUACCGUGCAUCGCCAAAGCGAAACAGUGAAAGGUCCGAAUAUGGGUAUGUUGGGCCGUGUGAUCAACAACAAGGUCAUUUUAGGCAAGAUUCAAAACGACAGCUACGCGUCGAAGUGGUUGGCCGUCGGUGAUGCGUUGUUGGAUUUAAACGGAAAUCCCGUUCCCUUCAACAAUCAGGACUUCAUCUAUCAAUAUUGGGCUCGAUAUAAAGAUCAUGGUUCAUUCACGACGGUGGUUGAGAGACCGUGUUCCCCGGAUGCGCUCGACACCAUCAAUGCACUUAUUGCGUCUUUGUUCCCCAUUAUGUUUGAGCAAAUGCACAUGGCUCCCGAUGCCGUUUUAAUUGGAGCCGCCGCAGCAAAACAUCACAAAAAUGAGUUGCGGAACAAGAAACCCAAAUCGAUCCUGCAAGUCCGCCCACUGACGCCAACGCCUUCGGCUACUUCGACCAUGGCAGGACCCGUUCUGCCUCGCAUUCGAUCUACCGAGGCAGUGGGCAGGCCGGCGCGUCGUAGUCGUUCCAAUGAAAAUAACAGCGGAAAGAAUGCGAUGACCAACAAGCCACUUGGGCCAAAGAUUAUUUCAUCAGGAGGGCGCUCUCGGUUGAAAGCCUCGAGAUCACGAGUCAAAGAAUUAGACCGACAGCCGAGAAGUGAUCGAAUGGGCGUGAUUCGCUGGACAAAGAACACCGAAUACGACAUUGGAACCGAUGUACCCGAGGGAAGAAAAUUGAAAAAGGUGGAAAAGAAGGUCAAAGGCAAACGUUCGGCGAUUCUCACGUUUUUCGACCUCUUC